AAUGAUACUUGAAGUUCGUGUGAUUUCACCAGGAAUUAGAAUCAGGUUAAACGCAAACUAACUUCACUUUGUGUUAGUCACAGACAGUCCAGCAAACAUGGCGGCCAUUGACGUAGAGCCUACAAAAAUCGAGGCUGCGAUGCGUACGCUCAAAUUGUCGGGGCAUGUCGGCUUCGACAGCCUGCCAGAUCAGCUGGUAAACAAAAGUGUUCAAAAUGGAUUCGUUUUCAACAUCCUGUGUAUAGGUGAAACUGGGUUGGGAAAGUCAACUCUGAUGGAUUCUCUAUUUAACACCAACUUCGAGUCUUCGCCAAGCCCCCACAACCUACCAACUGUGAAGUUGAAAGCACAUACAUACGAGCUGCAAGAGAGCAAUGUUAGACUAAAGCUCACAAUCUGUGACACAGUUGGCUACGGUGAUCAGGUGAAUAAAGAGGAUAGUUUUAAAGCUGUGGUGGACUACAUUGAUGCCCAAUUUGAAGCAUACUUGCAAGAGGAACUCAAGAUCAAGCGUUCACUCCCCUCAUACCACGACAGCCGUCUGCAUGUGUGUCUAUACUUCAUUUGCCCCACCGGGCAUGGACUAAAGUCCAUUGAUCUGGUGUGCAUGAAGAAGCUGGACACCAAAGUGAAUAUAAUUCCUAUCAUUGCUAAGGCUGAUACAAUUUCCAAGACUGAGCUACAAAAGUUCAAGUCAAAAAUAAUGCAAGAGCUGCAAGCAAACGGCGUGGAGAUUUACCAGUUUCCCGUCGAUGACGAGUCCGUAUCCGAAGUCAACGGCACCAUGAACAGCCACAUACCUUUCGCUGUCGUCGGCAGCACUGACUUCGUCAAGAUCGGCAACAAGACCGUCCGUGCGCGACAGUACCCCUGGGGCACCGUGCAGGUGGAAAACGAAUCCCACUGCGACUUCGUGAAGCUACGCGAGAUGCUGAUCCGCACCAACAUGGAGGACAUGCGCGAGAAGACGCACGCGCGGCACUACGAGCUGUACCGGCGGCGCCGCCUCGCGCAGAUGGGCUUCUCCGACGUGGACGCCGACAACAAGCCCCUGUCGUUCCAGCAGACGUUCGAGCAGAAGCGCAGCGCUCACCUUCAAGAGCUGCAGCAGAAGGAGGACGAGAUGCGGCAGAUGUUCGUGCAACGCGUCAAGGAAAAAGAAGCCGAGCUCAAAGAAGCCGAGAAAGAGCUUCAUUCGAAGUUUGACAAGUUGAAGAAGGACCACACAGAAGAGAAGAAACGUCUCGAGGAACUUCGCAAGAAGAUAGAAGAUGACACGAUCGAGUUCAACCGCCGCAAGCAGCAGUCGGCGCAGUCGCACCACACGCUCACCCUCGGCAAGAGCAAGAAGAAGUAACAAGCUGCAACCACCACUGGGACUACCACCCACGGCACUUGUCAGCGGCAGUGGUAUUCCUAGUUCCUAAUAUCACAAAGUGGCGAACUUCCUUUUUUUGGUUCAGUCGAAUUAUUUGUAUACAGCUCAGAUGCUUGGUUCUUCUUUUAUUUUGUGCCAAAUUUCAGUUGAAGUUAAAACCUGUGUUAUUUAAAUCACAAUGAAAAAAAUAUCGUAAACAAAACACAGUUAGUGUUUUGAAAAUAAAUAUUACUUAUAUAAUCUGCCAUGAAAUUAUUCUUAAACGCCUAAAGUCUGAAAUUUUAUUAUAUUAUAAAUCUAAUACACCUAAAAAGUAACUAAUCUGCUAAAAUAAAAUACCUGAUUGAAAUAGAGGAACAUAUAUGAUACUUUCUUAUAAUUCUGAUGUAGAUGUACUAACACAUGUUGCAUUCAAAUGUAGAAACUAUUCCUUAAUGAUACGAUAGUGAUACCUGAGUAACCACCUGACACCGAGAAAUGAUUCUCAAGUCUCAUAACAGACUUAAAUUCUAAUUUUGCACUUAGCUAUAUGUAAGUUGUGAAAUUUUAUACCAAAAUUUAUUUAUACAUUAGCCCUAGAUUAGGUUUUUUAGUUAUAAGCAAUACUUGUAAUAAUUUUAUUUGUAUCGAUGUAAAGGAACUAUAACGAUGCCACUAGAGACACUUCAAUAUGUCUAAUCUCACAGCCAAUAUAUAUAUACUUAGAGUUGGUUAAUGAUAAAACAUGUUUAUGUUUGAAUAGUUUAUUGAGCAAGUGUUGCUCGACGACAUCGCUUACACCACACAAGUAUUGAUUAGGUAACGCAUUAAGGAUAAACAUGGACGCGAUGAACUCGAUUACCUUAGGUAUACCGUUUAUGUAUGUAUGUAUGUAUGCAUGUUAUAUGUACUAAAUUUGCUGACCAAAUUAUUUUCUAUGGAAAUUGUAUAAACAUUUAUUUUGCAUUUAAUCAUUCAUUCCUUAUCGGUUAUUUUAUUUUGUAAUUACAUAUAUAGUAUUUUGAAAAUUUGUAUUAUUUUAUAGGAAUAUUUAAAUAAACCUAAAAUUAA